CAAGCUCUGGGUACGAAGAGCUAGAGCAAUGGCGUCUGUACAUAAGUUUCCCGAUUUCGCCGUAAUAUGCUCCUUUUUGGAGCGUUACGGCGAAAUGUUGCAGCUGCCCGACCUCACAAUCCCAGAAUUACAAGAAGCAAUAGAAGAAACAAAAUGUGAUGUUCCAAUUUUGAGAGAGAUGAUCAUCAAAUUGAUGCGUCGUCUCAUCAAAAAUGUGAACGCUGAAAAAUGGGAGAGACAUCUAGUCAAGAUAAGCCGCUACUAUUCAGGAAUGGCAGCAUGGGAGGUGGACACCCUAGGUUACAUGCAGAGUAAAACAGAAACAAAAUUAGGUCUCCUAAAGUUUCUAUGCGAUAGCCAAUUUGACGAGCCAAAGUCCAAGUUCAGGCUGGCGGUGAAUGAGAUAGAGCCAGAGACCAUGAGGAUACAGCCAAUCGGAAGGGAUAAGAUGGGACUCGUCUACUGGUUUCAAAAGGAUCAUGAUGCUAACAUCAGAGUGUACAGAGAAGAACAAGAUGAUUUAGACAACUCUUCCUGGCAGAUGGUCUCACAGGACCGAGAUGAUCUGGCAGGGCUUCUUGCUGUACUGAAGAAAGGCACAAACAAACUCACCUCGUUAGAACUCAAGACAGAUGACUCGGAGUCGACCACGACGUCCGUCACCAACGACGAGGACACUGAGCUUGACAUCAAGGAAGAAAUUGCCAAGCUUCGCCUGAAGGUGUCAUUCAGGCAAGAAACAGACUCCGAAGGUGUGAAACUUGAAACCACGAUGCAGGCUGAAGUGAUGAAACCAGAAGGGACUGUGAAAUCAGAGACACUAGCAGUGAAAGAGGAGCAAAUGGAUACCACCGAUGGACAGAAGGAAUAUAUUGAUGAUAAGAAAGGAGUGAAAGAAGAACCAAUGGAAUCUUGCGAUUCAAAGGAGAAUUUGUCUAAACUGAAAACAGAAAUGGAAACAGAAAGUUCUGUUCAGAAAGAUGACUGUGUUGCUUCGAAAUUAGAAGAAGCUACCAAGAUCAAAUCUGAAGAGGGGAUGGUUGACAGGGAAGGUUUGGUUGAUGUGAAAAAAGAGGAGUUAGGAGUGAAACAGGAAGUACCACCCUGCAGAAGAGGAUCAGUGAUUAUGAAGGUAGGAGACGGUGUCAAAGGUUACAAGCCGGUUUCAACUCCAUCAGGGAGUGAAGCAUCAGUCAUGAAGGAUGAUAAAGAGGAUGGUGAUGCGAAGGCCAUUGCAGGAGAGAGCGAGUCUAAGGAAUCAAACAAAUCAACAGAUCCUUCUGAGAAGGUGCUAGAAAGGGCACCUGGUAAAGGCAAUAGCAGCAAGGAGGAGAAGGAGAAAUCAAAAGACAUUGUAAGCGAUGAGAGGACAAGAGAAGAUCAAGAUGGUGAACAGGGUAGACCUGAGGGCGGUUCAACCUCUGCUGUGGUACCUGAGGAAGUCUCUGAAAGGGCACCCAGACCAGCGUCUGCACCUGAAUUGACUGUGACACCGCCUAAGACCCUUGCAGGGGAACCGAUGGCUUCCUCAUCCACUUCAUCUCUGAUCCCCAGCCAGGCAUCACCAAGGGCCAGAACGCCCACCACUAGCCUGUUCAUGAGACCGUGGGAGACUGCACCAGCUCAGCCGGAGAAAGAAAUGGAAGAGGUGGAGGGGGAGGGAACGUCAGUUGGAGUAGAUUCUAGUCGGAAAGAUGGUCAGGUGCCAGCACAGUCCAAAGGAGGAUUAGAAGGGAAAGGUAGCGUGGCCAAGCAAACGCAAUUACAAGAAGAUGAAGGAUGCAAAGACAAUUACUCCCAGAGUAUUCCCGAGGUUAGGAAAUUGGUGGAUGUCCCAAAACCCAAAGAGGACAACCCAGCAUUAGAAAAGUCAGUUCAAGAAAAAGAGGCUACAGAAAAGGAGGAAGACAGAUCAGCCAGAGCAGAUCCGUUGGAAAAUACAAACAUGUCGGUUACACAAGAGAAAGGACAGGAAACAGAAGUCAAAGAUGUUGUGAAUAAGAUGGAAGUGUCAAAGGAUAAAUCAGGGCCCGAUAGGGACGCUAAAGUAGGCAAAGGUGUUGACUUGCAAGAGAAGGAUUCCAAGAAGAGUCCUGCUGAAGCAGGUGUGGAGAGAUCAGAAGGUGAAGGAUCGAGGAAAAGGGAUGGUAUGAAAGAGAAGGAGAAGAGGAAAGAAGCAGAGGAGGAAGAUGGUAAAGUUGCCACGAGUGAAGAAGAUGAGGAUCUUUUGAAGGGAGACGGUAAAGUGUCGGGUGUAGAGCAGCAUGAUGAGAGUGAUGGAAAGACCAAGUGCGCAGAAGAAACUGAUCCAAAAGACCAAUCAGACGGGAAGGAGAAGACUGGAGAGUCGAAGGAGGAAGGUUCCAAAGUGGAGGAGGACGUGACAGCAGACAGGCCCGCAUCAAAGGAGAUGGAAGAGCUGAGUGAAGAAGGAGCAAAGAGGGAAACGGAGAGCACUGAAAAGAUAGAUGAAGAAGAAAAGGAGGAUGACGGUGUUGAGAAGGACAAAACAGAAGCGGAGGAAGCCGUCCAGCCUCUGCGUAAAGGGUCUCGUCCUCUAAGACCAAGAAGAGGCAAACAACAGGAGGAGCAACCGGCGGAGACGAAGAAACCUAAACCAGCCCCAAAGAAAAGAGGAAGACCAAAAAAGAAAGUUGAAGUUUCAAGUCAAGAUGAGAAGACAAGCCAGGAUGAAGGUUUUAGCCAGGAGGAUGAGGAAGAGAAGGAAAGCAAAAAGAAAAGCAUUUCCAAAGAACUAAUGGAAGAUGAGGAAGAAGACGAAGAGGACGAUGAGGAAGAAGAAGAAGAAAGUGAUGACGAUGACAACGACGAUGACUACGGAAGGAAGAAAAUUCAAAAAAAGAAAGGGGUGCGUACGGCGAAGAAGAAACGCAAGAAGAAAAGACUACGGUACACUCCCAAGAGGAAAGCGUCGCAGAAAGCCGUCAAUAAGAUAGUUGAAAUGGAGAAAGAUGAGGACGAAUUACCAGCGAAGAGCAGUUAUGCAGGGAAGAACAAACUGAAGAAGGCUGAUGAUAGUGACUGGAUCUCUGAAGAGAACGAUGACACCCCCUGCUGUAAAUGUGGACUGUACAACCAUCCCCGAUGGAUUCUCUUGUGUGAUAAAUGCGACUCUGGUUUUCAUACGGCUUGUCUACGACCACCGCUCAUGGCCAUCCCAGACGGCAACUGGUUCUGCCCAAAGUGUGAACAUGAGGAGUUGAUAGUCAAUCUGCAAGCAAAACUGGAAGAUCUCGAUGGUGACCUGAAAAAGAAGGACAGACUAGCUAGAAGGGAUGAAAGAAAGCUGAAAUAUAAAUACACUGAUGUGUGUGCCGUCAAUAUAUUGCCAGAGGAUACAACGGUAGUAGAAAAGAAGAAGAGAUCACGACGUAAUGAUUACGAAGAAGAAGAAGACGAAGAGGAGGAGGUUGAAUACGAGGAUCAACGCAACCACAGAUCCCACGGCUCGCGAUCACGUCGAUCACAGGGUUCGCGGUCGCGCCGAUCACAGGGCUCACGCCGUCGACGAUCGCGAAGCUCACGACAUCAUCAAGAUCGGCGAAGUAGACCUCGCCGAUCUCAGAGAGACUUUGUGGUGCCCGAUUUCGAAGAUGAUUACGAGGUCGUGAGUCGGAGGUCGCAGAGGUCGCGUAAGACUAUUGAUUACAGCUUCAAUGACUUUGACUCGGCUAUCAAGACGGCCAUCAAUGACGAGGUAGAGGAACAUAAAAAAGCGGUGGACCAAAUCAAGUCCCGCUGGGGGGUGAGCCGAGGGAAGGACAUGUCCACCAUCAUGGGAGACGAAGUCGACGAGGAGGAGGAGCAGGAGGGGGAGGAGGAGAAGGAGAAGAGAGCCGAGGAGGUGGAUGGAGAAGCUGAAGAGGGGAAGAGGCGAGACAGGAAAGGGAAGAAGAAGAGACGGCUCAACGAUCUGGACGGGUCUAGCGAGGACGAGAACAGCGAAGACUUCAAGGUGGACAGUGAGAACGAGAGUGAGUCGGCCGAAGAUGGCAGUAAUUUCUCUGAAGCGAGUGAGGACAGCUUCUUGACAUCGAGACGUCGCGCAUCGAGACGAAAGGCACCCUCAAAGAGGAGCCUUCGCUACGCCGGCAUGCCGCGAAGGAAGAGUGAGAGGGGGAGGAAGAGGGUGAGGUACUACAGCUCAGCGGAAGAUGAUGAAGGCAGCUAUUACUCCGGAAGCUCAGGUGGCAGUUACACCGGGAGUGAUUCUGAGGAUGAUGAGGGGACCUCUGGAGGAAGACGGAAAGCCGCGGCCAAGGUCAUCUCCUACAGAGAAUACUCCGACAGCGACGAGGGGAGAUUGAAGAAGAGGAAGCAGGCGGCCAGGACCCCGACGCCUUCUCCGUCGUCAUCUUCCGAGGUCGAGGAUUACACCCAACGAAAAAGGAAAUUCCGCAUCGAUAGUGAUGAGGAGGAGGAGGAGGACGAGGAGGAGGGAGGGGAGAAGACGAAAUCGAAGAGAAGGAUUGAAAGUGACAGUGAGGAUAGUGAUAUUGGAAGGAGGAAAAAGAAGAAGAAUAGCAUCGAUCUCCAGCGAUCUUCUCUGCGGAAGCUAUCCACAAGGAUCGACUAUAAGAAAAUGGCGGGGGAGAGCACAGAAUCGGACGAAAAUGAUAGUAAGAGUGAGCGGGAUCAGGACUCAAACAAGGAGAAUGAGGACGAAUCUGGCGACGAAAGCAGUGAUGAGGCUGUUAGCCAGAAAGUGAGGACUACCAAACAACUCCCCCAUUCGCAAAUGGGACAAUCUUACAUUCCAACCACUGUCAAUGGGGGUGCUAGUACAGGAGGCCUUCACGACGGGGCUGCUUCACCGGGGGAGAGGGAUGCUCAUGGUGGCGCAAUCGGAGGGACUGUAAAUGGAGAAGGUGAGGAGGAGGACGACCUUUUACAGGUCACCGACCUGAUCGACUAUGUGACACAAGACAUUUGAGGUCAAAGGUGAAAUAUCGUAUCUUUGUAUUUGUGAGGAAUUAUCUGUAUAUAGGUAUUUUGGGGGAUAUAUUAAUGUAAUUUUGUUUUGUGUUUUAUGUCAGAUUGUAAUUACGUUGUCUGUCAAUCAUGUUAGCUUUUAAUCUUGAAACAAAAUUGCCUCAGAUAAUAGAAGAUGCAAAAAACGAUACUGCCAAAUAAUGGUCUUCAAUCAUUUAAACACUGAUAUAAUCUUAGUCUGUCUUGUAUCUGAAUUGCCAAAGUAUUGUAAAUCACUACUAAAUUUCAUUGGUCAACAGUAAUCCUGAUGCAUAUUAUCUGACCGGCUCACAGCCAAUCAUUUGAUUAGGCUGCAUCUAUCCAUUUUUAUAAUAGUUCAGAACAAACUACUGUUAAAUCAUCAUACACAUUCAAAUCAACAAAUCAUGUGUAAAACGCAAAAUGAAAAAGUAAAAGAAAUGUACUUUUCCAUUUGUGAUAGAUGAUAUAUUACUUGCCUACAUUUGAGUACAUGAAUGGUUUAAAUAGCAUUACAAUUUUUAAUGAAAAUUAAAGCCUCCAUAUAUGCUUCUAAAUUGUAUUAUGGUUUAAUAAUUAGUCAUGAAAAAAGUUGUGAUUAAUGGUCGGUCUGCCAUGUGCUUUCUGAUCAUCUUCUUUUGUUGGGGCAAACUGUGAGAACAACUAUUAGGACAUUAAAUUGUUAUAAGUAUUAUUAAGGUGAUAGAUUUUGUUUAAUGGUUGGUUUUACCUGACUGCUAAGAAAGCGUGAAAACUCUUGUAAAUAAGCAACCAGAUGACCGCUGGCUGUAAGUCCUCUGUGAGGGACUUGGUAAUGAGGAUUAAUGCCUUACCAAAGGGCACUAGCGCAAUAGUUGGUUUCGACAACUCAUCUAACAUUGAGCCAUGGUGCGUCCCAGUAUGAUAAUGAAGAGAAGUUUUAAAUAUUCAUUGUUGAAACAAACUUUCUUUUUGUUUUAUUUAUAGCAGUGCUUUCAACCACGCAAGUAUAUGUACAGCUCAUUGAUGGUUAAAAAUGUGAGAAAUCUCUUGAAUAAAUGCUGCAGAUCUUUGCAUCUAGAAAUGUAGAUUAGAUGUGCUUCCAUCCCUUGAAUAGGAUGUAAAAAAUGAAGGUCCUGUGUGUGUAUAAUGAUGAGUCAAACCCAUACUCUAUGCAUUAAUUAGUAAUGAUUGAAUAUCGUUGUAGAAGCCUAACCUUGUCAAUAUUUAUUUUUCUUGCAAUGCGCAUCUCUAUGGGUCUCUGUUACAUACAAUCUAAUUGGAGUAAUUAAAGGUUUAACAAUGAGCUACUACAUUUCUACAAUACUGCUUGAACAAAUACUUUUAUGGCUUAUGGGUCUCUUUUACGUAAAAUCUACUAGCAGUAUUUAAAGGGAAUGAGCUACAAUGUACCGGUACUACAUUUCUACACUAUUGCAUUUAAACUAUUACCGGUACUGGUACUUUUCUGUCCAGAUAUGUCAAGGAAUGACGGGCACAGACAUUUUUUCAGCAAGUUUGUAUUUUUGCGAUAGUUAACACAGGUUAUUUGCAAUAUUUGAUAACACAUAGAAACAUAUGCAUGGAUCAUGUACAACUUAGAACCUUUCAAUACAGCACGUUUUUCUUGUAACAUGCAUCUCCAUGAUUCUGAUAUGAAAAAUGAAAAUGUUCCGCUGUAUCAAAAGGGGUAACUGUGAGCUACGCAAUUUUUUUAAUACUGUAGAUGUGCUGUGGUGUAGUGGACUAGUCACCUAACUGUAGAUCAGAAGAUAUGGGGUUCGCUCAGCACUGGUGUUCGUUGGCAAGACUUUAAGCUCAUUUGGGUAACCUUUAAUUUCUGAUUUGUCUUGGUACCUGCUUUCCUUGCCCAUCCAUUGUUCAUUACUUAUAAUGUACAAGCUUUUGUAUCAAGAUCACAAAGAAUUUUGGUUUAAAUCAACCUACUGGUAAUGUCAUUUCAAUAGUGUUGUUCAUUACCUUUUGUAACGUGGGCACAUGUACAAGGUUUUUGUUACAGAUCGCAAAAAUUGAUUGAGGUCCAUGACCUCCUGUUAGAACAUGACAAUGAUAUAUUAUUUGAGGUGGUUUUAUUCAUUAAUAAGCAUUCAUUCAAAAUAGCAGCCAAAGACUGAAACAAAUUGAAUUCACAAAAGAUUAAAAACUACAUUAGAAUGCAAUACAUUUUAAUUGGUUAAAUAAGAUACACUAAUAUGCACAGUAAUAUACAUAUAAACAAUAACGUUGCACAAAUUAAAGUCAUCAAGGAAAUGGAAAAAGACAGAAAUGAAAAGGACAGACGAGAAAAGGGUUGAAAUGAAGAAGAGGGAGAAAAGGCAUGCUUGGAUAAACAUAAACAACUGUUUUGUAAUCAUAACAUGAUAUUCAUAGGCAAAUAUUGAUACAAUCAGGUUUUGAAUUUGCUCUUGAGUUGAGUUCUUGAGAGCCUUUGCGAUCGUGCUGUGCAGAAAAAAGGCAAUUUUUAUAAGAAAUACACCCUUUCACAUCUGUAUUUAAUUGAUGUAUCUCUUCCAUAUGUUUGGCGGUUUACUUUUGAUAAUAGGUCAAACGCCUAAAUAGAAAGAGCCAGAUGAAAAUGCAGGUUAUGUGCAUUGCAUUUUGCUGUGUCAGGCAAGGUAUUUUCUCAUCAAGAUGAUCGGUUAAAGCAGAAGUGCGUCAAAAUCGUUUGUUUUUGUAUGACCGCAGUUUGGGUUCGAUAGUGUCAAUUAUCCCAUUAGGAUGUUUGUUUUGAUUAAGCCUUUAAAUCAACUUUCGGAGAACCGACAGGAAAGUGUUCCUUCCUGUUAUAUUGGAAUAAAGGCCACAACAAUGGAAUGAAUGGAGAUAAUUUAGGAAUUCCUUUACAUGCAAAAUCGAAAAGGGCAAUAACUUGGUGUUAAGAUGAAAUGUGGUAAUGAGAUCAAAUAGUGUUAUUGCUUUAGCUACCCGUUAAAUCUGUUU